AGUGCUUCCAGGUCAACUCGCCCCUCCCACCAGCGGCCUUCACCAUCACCACCACCAACAACCAUCACCUUUAAUACAAUCACCAUCAUCACCACCAACUCUUACACACAGCCACCAACACCACCACCAUGACUUUAUUUCAUUUCGGAAAUUGCUUCGCGUUGUCAUACUUCCCCUACCUCAUCACGUACAAGUGCACGGGCCUAGCCGAGUACAAUGCGUUCUGGAGGUGCGUGCAGGCAGGUGCCACCUACCUUUUCGUACAGCUGUGUAAGAUGUUGUUCCUCGCCACCUUCUUCCCAACAUUUGAUGGGGCAACUGCGGGCGGCUUUGACUUCAUUGGGGAGCUCAUGAAGGCGACAGUUGACCUGGGUGACCUUCUGGGCCUUCAUCUCAUCAUGGCCAAGAACGCCGGCAAGGGGGAGUACAAGGUGAUGGUGGCAGCCAUGGGCUGGGCCACGGCGGAACUGAUCUCCACCCGAUUCGUCCCGCUCUGGGUGGGCGCUCGUGGAAUGGAAUUCGACUGGAAGUACAUCCAGAUGAGCCUCGACUCCAACAUCACCCUCGCGCACUACGUGGCGGCCGCGGCGUUGGUGUGGAUGUGGUCGCGGUACGAUCUUCCCCGUGGCCUCACGCCCAUCGUCUCCGCGCUGCUCGCACUCGCCGUCUACCGCAACUUCCUCGUCGAGCUGCUGGUAUGGGCCACGGCGCCCAGCGGCUGGAUGACCCUGGCCAUCAAGUCGGCGUACACGGGCUCGGUGGGACUCGCGUCGCUCUCGCUCUUCGUGAGGGUCGCCCACGCUGCGUAGUCGGGAGACACGCACGCCGAAAGCCGGCGGCAGCGUGCUUCAGCCGCUUGGUGCAGAACGUCGCGGUUCGAUAUCGCGCCGGCCGCCCUGGUUAAUGCACCCGGCAGUAUUAACCGUGUAGUGCGCGCCGUCUGCUUUCACAGUAGUAGACGUUCAAAGAUCCCGUGAUGUUAUGAAAAAAAAGGAGCAGGCCAUGUGUGCCAGCGUCAUAGACAAAAUUUGGCAAUUUUUUUUAUCAAGUACUCGCAAAUAACCGUAAUUGGGAAGCCACGUGGCAACAUUGCCCUCUACUAGCAGGCUAAUGUCAGUGUGCUGGCCAGUGCUGCAUUCAACUUGUCUCUCACAGGGAUAACUGCCACUGGGGGGAACGGUAUUAAUAUUAAGUUAUGAUUAUGAUUUAACCCGGGUCGCCCUUGCAAAGGCGGCAGUGUUUCACGUGUCUCAAUGGAUUUAUUUAAUCUCCUCUUUCAUAAACGAUAUAUAUGCAUUAUCGUCGCCCUCUUGUUGAGUCGCCCAAUGUGCGUAGCCACCUUGGCUCGAGCGGUGGGUGCGAGCUGAGCGUGCAAGACUCAGGCGGAGGGGGACAGCGCCAGGGACAAUGGAUGGCAGCGAGAGGCACACUUCAGCAAUUAAUAAUUUACGAGCAGCUGUAUGGACAUGCACCAGUUUUGCUUGCCAAAUGUUCCACUUACUGUAUGUUUUUACAAGACGAUUAGUUUUGUGUAUAGAAUGUCAACAAUAUACAAAUGAUGCAUCAUUGUGGGCGACAUGCAUAACUUGAAUCAUCUUGUUCUUGUGCGCAAGUACGUUUGCAGAAUGCUGUGCCGUCCUGCAAAUAAUAUUAAUAAGCGACAGCUCCACUGCUGAAUGAAGGUCUCUCAUGUCGCGUCCAGUCACGGGGCUGGUGUGACCAUAUUUUACCGUGCUGGUCUGUGCCGGUGGAUGACGGGGGCGUGGACCCAGGACCGGUUCAGAUAUUGCUCGUCACCGAUGUAUCGCGUGGCGGGGAAUUGGAACAGGAAUCAUUACAUUCAUUGCACAGUGUGCCAACUGUUGCACAACAGUUCCCUGGUCAUGCAUAUGCCCUGACUGACAUUUUUUAUAAACGACUAAAUAAAACAUUGCAAUGCUCAUCAUGUAGACCAAUUUCAAUGUUUACACAUUUGAAUUUGUUGCGUCUUGCUGUUUCAGUCCCAGGUCUUCAUAAAAAACCUCCACUU